UUUUCCCUCAAGAAAUUGACUUUAGAGAGGCUGCCAAAACUGGAGAAUGUCUGGAAUGAAGAUCCUCAUGGAAUUCUAACCAUGCAACUUCUACAACAUGUUAUUGUUGCAGAGGAUAAUGCAGAUCCAAGAGAAGCAAAUCUGGAGCUUACGUUCCCUUGUCCCUGUGUGAUCUCAUUGAAACUACAAGGUUUGCCCAAGUUCAAGUAUUUUUACUACUGCUCACUGCAGACACCUACCGAGGAUGAAAUGCCUACAUCAAACUUACAGUGCCUGUCACUCGGUGAAAAAGGACUGGAGAUGAUCAAGCGUGGAGAAUUUCAGAGAAACUUCUUACACAAAUUACAAGUUCUUACUCUGUGCUUUCAUAUUGGGUCGAAUGUAUUUCCAUAUGAAAUUCUACAACUGGCGCCCAAUAUAGAGAAGCUUGUGGUGUGUGAUGGUUCCUUCAAGGAGAUUUUCUGCUUUGAUAGUCUUAAUGUGGAUGAGGCUGGACUCCUAUUACAGCUCAAAGUCUUAUGCUUGGACUCCCUUCCAGAGCUUGUUUCCAUUGGGUUAGAAAACUCUUUGAUUCAGCCCUUGCUGGGAAAUCUAGAAAACUUGGAAGUAAUAGGUUGUUCUAGUUUAAAAGACUUGGUACCAUCUACAGUGUCUUUCUCCAAUCUGACAUAUUUGCAAGUACAAGAUUGCGACAGCCUGCUAUAUUUGUUGACAUCCUCAAUAGCCAAAAGUUUGACUCGACUCAAAAGAAUGGAGAUAAAAAGUUGUUAUUCAAUUGAAGAGAUAGUCUCUAAGGAGGGGGAUGAAUCACAUGAGAAUGAAAUAAUAUUUCCUCAGCUCAAUUGUUUGAAACUUGAAGAACUACCAAAGCUGAGAAGCUUCUAUAAAGGAAGUUUAUUAAGUUUCCCAUCAUUGGAGGAAUUGUCAGUAAUCUAUUGCGAGUGGAUGGAAACAUUAUGUCCAGGUACCCUAAAAGCAGACAAGUUGGUUCAAGUUCAACUUGAGGAGUCAUCAGAUGCUAUCAAAUUGGAAAAUGACCUGAACUCUACCAUGCGGGAGGCAUUUAGGGAAAAGUUAUGGCACUCUGCACGUAGUGUAUGGUAUAUGGAUGACCUCAAAGAUAGCCCAGUACAAGAGAUAUGGCUUAGGCUUCACUCACUGCAUAUCUCCCCACACUUCCGCUUCAAGUACUUAGACACCUUGAUUGUGGACGGCUGCCAUUUUUUAUCAGAUGCGGUCUUACCCUUCUCUUUACUUCCUUUAUUGCCUAAAUUGAAAACAUUGAAAGUUCGAAACUGUGAUUUUGUGAAAAUCAUAUUUGAUGUGACAACUAUGGGACCACUCCCUUUUGCCCUGGAGAAUUUGAUUUUAGAGCGGCUGCCAAAUCUGGAGAAUGUUUGGAAUUCAAAUGUUGAGCUUACGUUCCCCCAAGUCAAGUCAUUGUCACUGUGUGAUCUGCCAAAGUUAAAGUAUGACAUGUUGAAGCCAUUUACACAUCUAGAACCACAUCCUCUAAAUCAAGUCUCUAUUCAAAAGCUUACACCCAACAUAGAGCACCUGACACUCAGUGAACAUGAACUCAACAUGAUUUUGAGUGGAGAAUUCCAGGGAAACCACUUAAACGAGUUAAAAGUUCUUGCUCUGUUCUUUCAUAUUGAGUCCGAUGUAUUUCUACAACGGGUGCCCAAUAUAGAGAAGCUUGAGGUGCUUGGUGGUUUCUUCACAGAGAUUUUCUGCUUUGAUAGUCUUAAUGUGGAUGAGGCGGGAUUGGUUUCACAGCUGAAAGUGAUAUGCUCGGACUCCCUUCCAGAGCUUGUUUCCAUUGGGUCAGAGAACUCUGGGAUUGUGCCCUUUCUCAGAAAUCUAGAAACAUUGCAAGUAAUCAGCUGUUUCAGUUCAAUAAAUCUGGUACCAUGCACAGUGUCUUUCUCCAAUCUGACAUAUUUGAAAGUAAAAAGUUGCAAGAUGAUUCAAUUGAAGAGAUAGUGUCUUCAACAGAGGAAGGGGAUGAAUCAGAUGAGAAUGAGAUAAUAUUUCAGCAGCUCAAUUGUUUGAAACUUAUAAGAUUAGGAAAGCUGAGAAGGUUCUACAAAGGGAGUUUAAGUUUCCCGUCCUUGGAGGAAUUCACAUUAAAGGAUUGCGAGAGGAUGGAAAGUUUGUGUGCAGGUACAGUCAAAACAGACAAGCUGUUAGAAGUGACAUUCGAAUGGAGAGAUGAUAUCCCAUUGGAAACUGAUCUGAACUCUGCCAUGCAAAACCGAUGGUUAUAUUUCUGACAGGGCAAUGACUCCAACAUUAGAGUUAGAGGAGAUUGAUUCACCAAAAAGAAAAUGGUUAGAGGAGAUCAACGAAUUAAGUGGCUUGGUGCCUACCGAAAAAAAAAAAACAAAGUGGCCCAGUUUUAUUAUAUUUGUUUGUGUGUGAAUAAAAAAACAAAUUGUGCGUGUGGUCUACACAGUUAGUGGUGAAAUACACUGUUCUAUUCUAUUUAUUAUGUAAUGUGUGUGAUUAUAAGUCUUAAACGACCCUGGAGAAUAAAAAUGAAGUGAUGAACUGUAAGUUUGUAACACUAAAACUUGACUCUAUUGUUUUAUGACAAAAUAAAAUAAAAAUGUGUCCUAAAUUAUGUAUGUUUA